CGGUUCCUGGGUCUCCUCUCCGGAGCCUGGCAGAGCUCGCCCCUGCCCAGUCCAGUGACCUUUGCCUGUCUGAGCCCUGGUUAAUUUUUGCCCAGUUUGCGGGCUGUGGGGCUCCUCCCCUCUGGGAUAUAAGCCUGGCCCCAGGGUGCCCUGUUCCCUGACUGCCCUGAGCCUCCCGAACUCCCACCCUCACCAUGGCCAAGGGCUUCUACAUUUCCAAGGCCCUGGGCAUCCUGGGCAUCGUCCUGGGUGUGGCGGCCGCCUGCACCAUCAUCGCCCUGUCCGUGGUGUAUGCCCAGGAGAAGAACAAGAAUGCUGAGCUAUCGGCCCAGGUCACCACCACCUUGGACCCAAGCAAGCCCACCGUGACCGCCACGCCCACCACCACCUUGGACCAGAGCAAGCCGUGGAACCGGUAUCGCCUCCCCAGGUCGCUGGUACCCGACUCCUACAAGGUGACACUGAGGCCCUACCUCACCCCCAAUCAGCACGGCCUGUACAUCUUCGAGGGCUCGAGCACCGUCCGCUUCACGUGCCGGGAGCCCACCAACGUCAUCAUCAUCCACAGCAAGAAGCUCAACUACACCGACAUCCAGGGGCACAGGGUGGCCCUGCAGGCCCUGGGGGGCGCCAAGGCCCCCGAAAUCGACAGGACCGAGCUGGUAGAGGCCACCGAGUACCUGGUGGUGCACCUGAAGGGCCAGCUGGAGGCGGGCGUCAUGUACGAGAUGAGCAGCGAGUUCCAGGGCGAGCUGGCUGAUGACCUGGCGGGCUUCUACCGCAGCGAGUACAUGGACGGCAACGAAAAAAAGGUGCUGGCCACGACCCAGAUGCAGUCUGCUGAUGCCCGGAAGUCCUUCCCGUGCUUUGAUGAGCCCGCCAUGAAGGCCAGGUUUAACAUCACCCUCAUCCACCCCCACAACCUCACGGCCCUGUCCAACAUGCUGCCCACAGGUCCCAGCACCCCACUUAAGGAAGACCCCACGUGGCACGUCACCGAGUUCCACACCACGCCGGUCAUGUCCACGUACCUGCUGGCCUACAUCGUCAGCGAGUUCACGUAUGUGAACAUGACGGAGACCAUGUCGACCAAUCAAAACGUCCUGAUCCGGAUCUGGGCUCGCCCUAGCGCAACCGCGGCGGGCCACGGCCAGUAUGCCCUGAACGUGACAGGCCGCAUCCUCAAUUUCUUUGCCCAACAUUACAACACACCCUACCCUCUUGAUAAAUCCGCCCAGCCUACCCCCCGGGCGGAGUGGUGGAGCCUGGGGCACCGGCUUAACCCUCACCGCGGCCUCUUUCCACAGUCUUAUCUCCAGACCUUUUCCUACAAGAGCACCACUUACCUGGACCUGUGGGAGCACCUGCAGAAGGCUGUGAGCGAGCAGUCGGCCAUCAAGCUGCCUAAGGAUGUGAAAACCAUCAUGGACCCCUGGAUCCUGCAGAUGGGCUUCCCUGUCAUCACCGUGGACACCAAGACAGGGACCAUCUCUCAGAAGCACUUCCUCCUCGACCCUGACUCCGUCGUCACCCGCCCCUCAAACUUCAGGUCGGCCGGGCAGCCUGUCGCCGUCCCUUCCCCGCCCCUCCCCUCGGCUUUGCCCCAGAGGCUGGUGGCCGGCUGUUGCCUGGCUGCACGAGGCUGCUCUUGCUGGAGGGAGGAGGGUCAAGGGUCAGCCUCGAGUCUUCUGAGCUACCCCACCCCAGCUCUGGUCUCUCCCCCCACAGCUGAGACAAUGUUCAAAACCACAAACGAGUGGGUCCUGCUGAACGUCAAUGUGACGGGCUAUUACCAGGUGAACUACGACACAGACAACUGGAAUAAGAUUCAGGCUCAGCUGCAGAGAGACCUGUCGGUCAUCCCGGUCCUCAAUCGGGCGCAAGUCAUCCAUGACGCCUUUGACCUGGCCAGUGCCCGCCAGGUCCCCGUCACCCUGGCGCUGGGCAACACCCUCUUCCUGAUCAAUGAGAAGGAAUACCUGCCCUGGCAGGCCGCCGUGAGCAGCCUGAGCUACUUCAAGCUCAUGUUUGAGGGCUCCGAGGUCUACGGCUCCAUGCAGAAAUACCUGAAGAAGCAGGUCACGCCCCUCUUCCGUCAUUUUGAAAAUCUCACCGGUAACUGGACGAAGCGCCCCGAAAAGCUGAUGGACCAGUACAACGAGGUUAAUGCCAUCAGCACCGCCUGCUCCAGUGGGGUUCCGGAAUGCCAGACACUGGCGUCGAGCCUUUUCUCCCAGUGGAUGGCUGACCCCAGUAAAAAUCCGAUCCACCCCAACCUGCGGUCCACCAUCUACUGCAACGCCAUCGCCCAGGGCGGCGAGGCGGAGUGGGACUUCGCCUGGGACCAGUUCCGAAAUGCUACCCUGGUAAAUGAAGCGGACAAGCUCCGCGCAGCCCUGGCCUGCAGCAAGGAGGUCUGGAUCCUGAACAGGUACCUGGAGUACACCCUGGACCCCAACCUCAUCCGGAAGCAGGACGCCACCUCCACCAUCAGCAGCAUCGCCGGCAACAUCAUCGGGAAAACCCUAGCCUGGGACUUUGUCCAGAUCAACUGGAAGAAGCUCUUCAACGAUUACGGUGGCGGCUCCUUCUCCUUCUCCAACCUCAUCCAGGCCGUGACUCGACGGUUCUCCACUGAGCACGAGCUGCAGCAGUUGGAGCAGUUCAAGAAGAACAACAUGGACACAGGCUUCGGCUCAGCCACGCGGGCCCUGGAGCAGGCCCUGGAGAAGACCAAAGCCAACAUCAAGUGGGUGAAGGAGAACAAGGAGGUGGUGCACAAGUGGUUCAAAGACAACAGCAAAUAGUCCCCGGUCUGCGCAGUCGCCUGGCCCCCCUGUGAGGUGCCCACGGGCAUCUGUCCCAGUGGCCCACCCACCGCAGGACCCCCAUUCCCGGACCCCGAGGCCCCACGUCCUCCCUCAGGGACGACGUCCUAGCCCACGUUCUCUCCGCUCUGUCCGUGGAGCCAGUCCAGCUCCUGGCGGCCCGACUGUUCAAGCACCUCCCAGCCCCCGCCCCUCGUGUCAACCGCACCCCAGGCCUGGCAUGGCUCCUGUCGCCCAGGGCCCUGGGGCUGAUCUCAGGGAAGCCCAGCUCCAGGGCCAGAGCAGCAAAGCCCUAUGUGGACUUGGGUCGGCCUUGGGGAGCUGCCUGCGCCCUCUCUCACCUUCCCAUGAAGACCCUGAACCUGGAGACUCCACAGAACACCAGAUCUGUAUAUUUUUUUUCUAAGAGAAAAUAUAGAUAAAGGAUUUCUAGAUGA